UUUGAGAGGAGGAAAAGUGAGCAGUACAGCUGAUCUCUUAUUCCACAAUGGAGUGGCUUGGAAGUACAGUAAUAGUAGGAUGAAUCCCAAUGAACACAGCUAAUUUUCUCUUAUAAAUCUCUAUAUAAUGAUCACAACUUUGUCAAGCAGAAUAUACCAAAGUAGAGUACCUGAUCAGGACAAGCUUUUAUGUUUCAGACAAUGGCUAAAAAUGCGACAGUCUUGUUUCUAAUGAUGAUUGUUUGUGUGUCGGAAGCAGUUCUUGAUACCAAUUAUUACUCUAAAACAUGUCCCAAUGCCGAGAAAAUCAUCCUCCAAACCGUCUACAAUGCUUCCAUUCACGACCCGAGAGUCCCUGCUCGUCUUCUCAGGCUCUUCUUCCACGACUGUUUCAUAAGGGGAUGCGAUGCAUCAGUGCUGAUAGAUUCAACGCCAGGGAAUCAGGCAGAGAAAGAUGCGCCUCCAAACAUCUCGCUAAGGUCGUUUUAUGUGAUCGACGAGGCCAAAUCCAAGCUUGAAACUGCUUGCCCACAUUCUGUUUCUUGUGCUGAUAUUGUCGCCAUUGCUGCUAGAGAUAUCGUUACUCUGUCUGGGGGGCCAUAUUGGAGUGUACUCAAAGGAAGGAAAGAUGGGAAGAUUUCCAAUGCUUCUGAAACCAUCAACUUACCAGCUCCAACUUUCAAUGUAUCUCAACUAAUCCAGAGCUUUGCAAACAGAGGAUUGCAAGUUAAAGACUUGGUUGCUCUAUCCGGGGCUCAUACGCUUGGGUUCUCCCACUGUUCUUCCUUUCAAUCUAGACUUCGCAACUUCAGCUCGAUUCAUGAUACUGAUCCAACUUUGGAAUCUGGGUUUGCUCAAAUUCUGAAAAACAAAUGUCCAAAACCAAAUUUGGACAAAAAUGCAGGACAGUUCUUGGACCCAACUUCCUCAACUUUUGACAAUGUGUAUUACAAGAGACUGUUGGAAGGGAAGGGUGUGUUUGGUUCGGAUCAAUCUCUGUUUGGUGAUUCAAGGACUAAAACGAUUGUUGAAUCGUUUGCUAAUGAUCAGAACUUGUUCUUUAAGGAAUUUGCAGCUUCAAUGGUGAAAUUGGGUAAUGUUGGGGUUAUUGAAAAUGGCAAUGUCAGAUUCAAUUGCAGGGUGGUGAACUGAUAGAAAGAGGGAGAGAGAGAGGGACAGAAAGAGUCUUUUUAAAUUUUUUUAACGAAAGUUAUGUAAUGUUGAAUUCAUACUGCUUGAAAUAAAGUGAGAUUGAGGCAAGAACAAGUUCACUGAACAAUAGCAACUA